ACACUUAUAUAAAUGCUAAAAUGCAAAAUCAUUAGGGGUAUUCUCUUGCUCUUGCAAGACCCGGUGCACGGUGCAAGAAUUGCAGAUUUACAACGGCACAACAACAAACACACGCAGAAAAAUAUUUGCAAGGGCUGUAAAAUAUGUCUGACCGAAACCUAUGUAUAUUUGCGUGCAAUGUCACGCAAAAAUAUAAUUGCAACCCUGUUGUAGUUGCCAUUUUACAUAAAGACAUAUUACGUCGUUAAAUUGUUGAGGAAGAUAAGUUUUAAAUGGAUUUUAUUAUUUCUAUUUAAAUUUUAAAGAUUUGUUACAGUUUUUUUUCUUAAAAAUGUAUGCAGAAGGUGCGCCAAUUCACAAUAGCCAUGCUUAAUAGUCAUUCACAACAAAUUGACCGAAUUAGCCAUUCAUAUAUCACUAGAUUCUGCAAUGGGUGCUCUCGUGCUCUUGUAUAUUUCGGUAUAGUAUUUUUGCAAUCUGCAAUCUUGCAAGAGCAAGAGAAUACCCCUAUUAAGUAAUUUACAUAAACAUUUAUUUUGCCAAAAUAUGUUCGCACAGUUCAAUGAAAUUUCAUUUCACACUAAUUUCGUAAAGUAAUUAUAGCGCUGCUCUUCUGGCGUCCCGCCUUUUUCACUAACUGCUGGUUGACGGCACCUUGAUUGUGUUUUGUUGCCAGCUCAGAAAACAGAUCAGGGUGCCUUGCCAGCUGACAAGCGAGAGAUUCUGAUCAAGUUAUCUAUGGUUCAGCUUUUAACGAGUAAACAUGGCACGCGCAUUAGUGGCAGCUCUUCUGAUUGAAGAAAUUUUAGAAAUGGAGAAAGAGGAAGAAAUUGCAAAAAGUGGCAAGAAAAAACGAAUUUGGGUGCAAGAUUGGCGUAAGAAAAGACCAAAACGUUCGCAUACAAAUUUGUUAAAAGAACUGGAAAUAUCUUGCCCAAAGGAUUACAAAAACUUUUUAAGGAUGGAUGUUGCAGUUUACAACGACCUCUUGGCGCUGAUAACGCCAUUAAUCGAAAAGCAAGAUACUAUUAUGAGAGAUGCAAUUUCACCGAAUGAACGUCUUUCCGUAACGCUAAGAUUUUUGGCCACUGGAGAGUCCUACGAAAGUUUAAAAUUUCCGUCACGCAUUGCUACCCCAACUUUGAGCAAAAUAAUAAUAGAAACAUGUGAAUCAAUAGUAAAAGUACUCAAGGAUUUUAUUUCUAUGCCCAAAAAUGAAGAAGAAUGGAAAAUUAUUGCUACGGAGUUUUUUGAAAUGUGGAAUUUUCCGAAUUGUCUUGGUGCUAUUGAUGGCAAACACAUCAACAUUAAAAGACCACCACAUUCAGGAGCUUAUUAUUUCAACUACAAGAAAACAUAUAGCAUUGUACUGAUGGCACUUGUCAAUGCAAAAUAUCAAUUUACAAUGGUCGAAGUUGGAGCUAAUGGAAGAGUGUCUGAUGGUGAUGUUUAUGGAAACUCAAAUUUUGCAGUUAUGCAUGAAGAGAGAAAGUUAAAAAUUCCUCCCCCAGUUAAACCACCUGGUUUUGACAAAGAGCUGCCGUUUGUUUUUGUAGCAGAUGACGCUUUUGCACUGCAUGAAAAUUUUAUGAAGCCAUAUAGCCACAGAGGAUUGACACACCAGCAGCUACAGUACAACUACCGAGUAUCACGAGCAAGACGGGUUGUGGAAAAUGCGUUUGGAAUUAUAUCUUCAAGAUUUCGUAUUUUGCUGACAACCAUAAAUUUAUCCCCAGAAAAAUGCUCAAAAAUUGUACUUGCGAUAUGUUAUUUGCAUAAUUUUUUAAGUAAACGUAGUAGCGCUUCAUAUCUUCGCCGAGUAGAAGAGAAUGAUAAGCAAUUUAUUGAAAUGGCAGAAUUACAAAAUACCACAAGCCGAAACUAUUCCAACAAAGCCAUGGAAAUUCGAAACAUAUUUUGUGAAUAUUUCAAUAGUGUCGGUUCAUUGGAAAAUUAACUUUAUAAAAAAAAUAUAUAUACAAAAUAGUCAUUAAAAAUAAAUGCAUACUUUGUAAAUUAAAAA